UGGAAGUUGGUAAGACGCGACCACCCUCUGUCUCUCUCUCUCUCUCUCUGACCUUUAGCUUCAUGUUUACAGCAAAACACACGCAUACACAUAGAAACACACCACAGAGAACUAUAGAGGUGUAUAGAUAUAGAGAGAGAAAGAGAUACAUAAUAAGUAGGAGAUAGAAAGAGAAAGUUUCUCUCUUACAAGCAUGCAAACCCUGCGCUAUGCCACUAGUUUCCACUUUUAUCCCUCCCACACUCCUCAAUUCACAUGCACACCAACUCAACUCUCUCACUCAAUUCCAUGGCUGCGGUUUCACACGUCGAGUCUGUGUUGGAGUUCUUGAGGAAGAAUGGGUUCUCGGAGGCAGAGUCGGCUCUCAAAGUUGAUAUGAUCGAGAAGGGUGAUCUGGGUUCUUUCGAUUAUGAGAAAUUCUUGUUCCCCAUGGUCCCACCUCCACCUCCGGUGAGGAUUCCGGCCACUUCUCUCCGAUCGGAUAUUCCCUCUGGGAACCAAUCGAGAUCGACCUCUUUGUCUUCCGAGGAUGAGUUUGUCAGCUUGGGUUCUUCCACUUCUGAAAUUUGCUCUUCUGAAUUCACAAAUCCGUAUGGAAUUCGAUCAACGACUCAAGGUAGUUCCAAAGCUUCAUCUGAAGGGUUAUCUCAAUUUGGCACAGCUCGCGAUUGCCAUGAUUUUGAUAUGCAAAAUGACCUGUUCUGGUAUGAUGAGAAAGAUGAUGGAAAUUUCAUGACUCCCUCAUUUAAAGGGCCUGAUUUCUUGGGUUGUCCAAGUGAGGAUAAGUUCAUCAUGAGCACUGAAACAGAUAAUCAAUGUGACAACUUGUUGGAUUUGAAGCAUAAAUCUGAAAAAUUCCGAUCAGAACUAGACAUUGACUACUUGGACAAGACAUGUCUUUUCAAUGUUGCUCCUGUUGUUGAUGAAAGUAAGGUUCCUUUGAUGGAUUAUUAUCAGGUUGAUAAAAAGAAUAUGCUUGAAAAGGAUUUCGAAGGAGAUGCUUUGAUUUGUUCCCACUAUGGUUGCUCAGCGUCGUUUAGCAAUUGUUGCACAGGAGGCGGAGAAUUCUGCAGUGAAAAUCCAGAAACCUUCAACUACUUAAUCAAAGAAACCGAUUCUAAUGAUUUUCUCGGAAAGCUUGUCCAUGACAUUCCUUACACAGAUCCACAUAAAAGUAUAAACAAGGGUUCUAACUACUCUGCUAAAGGUUCUUCUGACCAAAAUGUUAAGGUAACAGAGAGAGAUUUCAUACUGAAUGGAAUUUUCGACUAUGAUGUGGGGAAUGAUGAAAUCAAUAAAGAACUCAAUGAGCAAGAGGCAGCAGAAAAUGGUGUCAACAUUCCUGCUGAUGAGAUUUUAAUGUACGGUACCCGUGAAGACGAGUAUGAAGUAUUCGAUCUAAGAAUCAUACACAGAAAAAACAGGACUGGAUUUGAAGAGAAUAAGGAUCUGCCUGUUGUGCUAAACUCUGUUAUUGCGGGCAGAUAUUACAUUACUGAAUACUUAGGUUCGGCGGCUUUCAGUAAGGUUGUACAGGCUCAUGAUCUUCACACAGGGAUUGAUGUUUGCUUGAAGAUUAUAAAAAAUGAUAAAGAUUUUUUCGAUCAGAGUUUAGAUGAGAUAAAACUUCUGAAGCUUGUAAACAAGCAUGAUCCUGCAGAUGCACAUCACAUUCUCCGACUCUAUGACUACUUCUAUCAUCAGGAGCAUCUUUUCAUUGUUUGUGAACUCCUUCGAGCAAACUUGUAUGAAUUUCAAAAAUUCAAUCAAGAAUCUGGUGGAGAAGCUUAUUUUACAAUGAGAAGAUUGCAGGUGAUAACCCGUCAAUGUUUAGACGCAUUGCAAUAUUUGCAUCGCUUGGGAAUUAUUCACUGCGAUUUAAAGCCUGAAAAUAUUCUCAUCAAAAGUUACAGCAGAUGCGAAAUAAAGGUCAUUGAUCUCGGAAGUAGUUGCUUUCACACUGACAAUUUGUGCCUAUAUGUGCAGUCUCGUUCAUACAGAGCUCCUGAAGUCAUCCUAGGCCUGCCUUAUGAUCAGAGGAUUGACAUGUGGUCACUUGGCUGUAUCUUGGCUGAGUUAUGCUCUGGGGAAGUUCUGUUUCUGAAUGAUGCGGUUGUCAUGAUCCUUGCACGCAUGAUUGGGAUGCUUGGUCCUAUUGAACUGCAUAUGUUAGAGAGAGGCCAAGAGACACCUAAGUACUUCACAGAAGAAUAUGAUCUGUAUCAUAUAAAUGAGGAGACAAACCAAUUGGAAUAUAUAAUUCCUGAGGAAUCCUCCUUGGAGAGUCACCUUCGAGUCACUGACGUUGGGUUCAUUGAUUUCAUUAGAAGCUUACUCGAAAUCGAUCCAGAGAGGCGCCCAACUGCGAAGGAAGCACUAGAACAUCCAUGGCUUUCCCAUGUGUAUGAGUAAAAAUCUUGAUGAAGUUGUGGAAAACACAACCAAAAAAAAAAAAAAGGCUGGCUUUGUCAAUUUUCAAGAGAGCACAACUGAGGGAUCUAAUGGCUUCUCUGUGAGUAGAAAAGUGGUAAGAAACAUUUCCAAUUUUCAGUUUUGACGUUUGUGUACAUGCUUUUUGUUACUUUAUCAUAUUCACAUUCAUUUGGUAAUUAACAUGUACAUUUUUUUUUCUUGGUCCAAAAUGUUAUGCCAUUUUUUUUUUUCCCCCCUCUUUGUUCAGUUGGGGAAUUUGUAUGACAAAUGACCACAUAUUGGAAAAGACAAUAAAAACUCAUCUUGUAAAAUCAAUAUUGAGUUGUGUUCGAAUAAAAUAUUAUGGUUUUUAUA